CGAAUAAGGGAAAGAGCUUCUAUGUGUGCCGGACGAACACGUGCGGCUUCGUGCUGGCCACCGAGGAGCAGCGCUGAAAGAAACGUCAAAGAUCGAUGCGCAGCUCGGGUUCUAUGGAUGCGAAGGCUGAGACCUGGAAAUGUCAGGCUUCUCCAAAGCGAGGAAAGUUAAUACUGCCCUCAAGCGUGACAAUCGCAUAUGCCAGUAUUCCUGUUUCUCAUUGUUUAUUGCAUGAGGACUUCGCGGUAGAGCUUCAGGGCUUGUCUCUGUCACAAGACAAGAAAGAAUGGAGGUUGUUCUUCCGGUGCACUAGAAGUAAGGCGGAGGGGAAGCACUGGUGUGGGAACGUCCCGUGGCAGGAUCCUAAUCCUAGAGAACAUCAUGGAACCAGCAAGCCUCCACAGGCAUCUGAGUUAUUUUCUCAUUCUCCCAGCCAGCCAAGAAACCCAUUUAAGGUGCUUAAUAAUCAAAAAGCAGCUCUCUGGAAGCAGUUGGUCACAGGAGAAGGUGAGGAAAAGACAGGUGACAAGAAGCUGACAGAAAACGAAGACCAGCCCUGGGAUCAAAAGAAAGAACAGAAACCCAAGUCUAACUGCAGCGUGGGGAAAGUCCCCUCCCCUGACCUGGUGACAGAAAGACAGUCUGGCGGUGUCAGGAAAGACCCCUCCCCUGACCUGGUGACAGAAAGACAGUCUGGCGGUGUCAGGAAAGAACAAGAGGAAAAAGCAAAGUUUCAGUCCCAAACUAAGAAGACUGAAGGAAUGGCUUCCAAGCAAGGCCAUGGAGAUGCGCUUCAACAAACAUGCGUGGUUCCUCAGAUGUCAGAAAGUGAGAGUCGAGAUGUCCCAGACAUGCCAGAACCUCUGAGAGGAAAGGAAAUCCAUCCUUUGCCUCAGAAGGUUCCUGGUCAGAACCCAAAAAGCAAGGCCCAGAAAGGACGCUUCAGCAGGGAGCAGCUCAGGAAUGGGGAGGCCCAAAGCAGAACAGGGACAAAUGCCCCCGGAGCACAGGCCUCCUGGGAAGGAGCUUCUGGGCUUUGCUUGAGGAAGGUCCGCUAUGCUGUCUCCAGCAGCGAUGACAGUGAGGAAGAAGAUGGUGUAUCCAGUAGGCCUGAGUCCCCACUUCUCUUUGACUUGCCUGUGGACUCACAGAAGAGGGGGAACCUUUACCUUUCUGAUCAGUGUGUGCAAAGACAGAUACCUGCUGCCUCAGGUGUCUCCAAGAAGGGCGAGUCUUCUGACCCAGCAGCCCAGCGUGCAAACCUUAUAACACAGCUGAGACAAAAGAAGGGCACGCUGGCUGCCGUGAAUAUCCAGGCUCUCCCUGACAAGGGUGAGAAGUUGCUGAAGCAAAUCCAGGCGUUGGAGGAUGACAUCAGUGCCCUGGCUCUCUCCCCAGAGCAAGGAGCUAAGGAGCACUGUAGCUCUCAGGAAACACAGCAGAGUGACCGCACCAAAACCGUUGCUGACCCUCUGCGCUCCGUGCCUCCGCAGCCCCUUUCCACUCAGGAUGGCCAGCUUGCAGGCUCUUUAGGACUAAAGGCAGGCUGCCAGGGCACUCCUGAAGGAUCAAGUCAGUACUCAAGAGGCAAUAUGAACCAACGUCGCCUUUAUAAUGUAUGGAAGAUCACAAGUGAAGCCAUUGAUGAACUGCAUCGGUCACUGGAGUCUUGUCCUGGUGAAACAGCAGUGGCAGAAGACCCAGCUGGCUUGAAGGUCCCUUUGCUUCUCCACCAGAAGCAGGCAUUGGCAUGGUUACUGUGGCGGGAAAGUCAGAAGCCACAAGGAGGGAUUCUGGCGGAUGAUAUGGGCUUAGGAAAAACCCUGACAAUGAUUGCACUCAUCCUAACCAAGAAGAAUCAGGAGAAAAGCAAGGCAGAGGACAAAAGCAUGACUGUGGCGUGGCUUUCCAAGAAUGACUCCUCUGUUUUUACCUCCAAUGGAACACUAAUUGUCUGCCCCGCUUCCCUGAUCCAUCACUGGAAGAAUGAAGUAGAGAAACGUGUGCACAGCAACAAACUCAGAAUCUGUCUCUACCAUGGGCCAAACAGAAGUCGGCAAGCCAAAGUGCUCUCUACAUACGACAUCGUUAUUACUACUUACAGCCUUCUGGCCAAGGAGAUUCCCACAACGAAGCAAGAGGGAGAGGUUCCAGGUUCAAACCUCAGUGUGGAGGGCAUCUCAGCACCUUUGCUUCAGGUAGUCUGGGCUCGAAUCAUAUUGGAUGAAGCUCAUAACGUGAAGAACCCUCGAGUCCAGGCAUCCAUCGCUGUGUGUAAGCUACAAGCUCAAGCCCGGUGGGCUGUCACGGGAACCCCCAUUCAGAACAACCUGUUGGAUAUGUAUUCACUAUUGAAGUUUCUCCGCUGUUCCCCGUUUGAUGAGUUCAGUCUUUGGAAGAGUCAGGUUGACAAUGGUUCGAUGAAAGGGGGAGAACGGUUAAGCAUUUUAACCAGGAGCCUUUUGCUGAGGAGAACGAAAGACCAGCUGGACUCCACCGGUAAACCUUUGGUGCCGCUGCCCCAGCGUAGAUCUCAGCUGCACCAUUUAAAGCUUUCUGAGGACGAACAGGAUGUUUAUGACGUCUUUCUUGCAAGGUCCAGGUCAGCUCUGCAGUCCUAUCUAAAGAGACACGAAGGAAGAGUCAGCCACCCUGGAAGAAGCCCUGAUAAUCCAUUCAGUAGAGUGGCGCAGGAGUUUGAGUCCAGUGUGCUCCCGUGCUCCACUCCAGCAGACUCACAGAGACCCAGCACCGUGCACGUCCUGUCCCAGCUUCUGCGACUCCGCCAGUGCUGCUGCCACCUCUCUCUGCUGAAGUCGGCCCUGGACCCGACAGAACUGGAGAGUGAAGGCCUCAGCCUGUCCCUGGAAGAGCAGCUCAGCGCUCUGACCCUGUCCCAAGUCGAGGUCUCAGAGCCGUCAGCCACUGUGUGUCUUAAUGGCACAUCCUUCAAGGUGGAGCUUUUUGACAACACACGAAGGAGCACCAAGGUGUCUUCUCUGCUGGCAGAACUGGAGGCAAUCCGAAAAAGCCCAGGGUUCCAAAAGAGUGUCAUUGUCUCUCAAUGGACCAGCAUGCUGCAAGUGGUAGGUCUGCACCUCAAGAAGCACGGACUGACUUAUGCCACCAUUGAUGGCUCCGUCAACCCCAAACAGAGAAUGGACUUGGUGGAGGCAUUCAACCACUCCCGGGAGCCUCAGGUCAUGCUAAUCUCCCUCUUGGCUGGCGGUGUGGGACUCAACCUGACCGGAGGGAACCACCUCUUCCUUUUGGACAUGCACUGGAACCCCUCACUUGAAGACCAAGCAUGUGACCGAAUCUACAGAGUAGGACAGGAGAAAGAUGUCGUCAUACACAGGUUCAUCUGUGAGGACACAGUGGAAGAGAAGAUCUUACAGCUCCAAGAAAAAAAGAAAGAUUUAGCCAAACAAGUCCUAUCGGGGUCUGGAGCAUCUGUCACCAAGCUCACACUGGCUGACCUCAAGAUCCUCUUUGGCAUCUAGCUCCCUCUGCUGGUGCUGGUGUGCACUAGGCUCUGGGGUGGUGCUUUUUCAUGAUCCUGGAGCCUUAGAUCUCAUUUUACCUAAACUGAGGCAUAUUCCUAUGCCAGUGAUCGAGGGGAGGCCACCAUGUUAAACUGGUUAGUCCAUCAUGUUUAUCACUCUACUUGUUUAACGUGUGCCAUAGAAACCAGUUGGUUAUUUCAGAUUUGAGCCUAGCAUGUUGGCGCAUGCCUAUAAUCCCAGCCCUUGUAAAGCAAGCGGAUGGAGAGUUCCAGGCCAGCCUGAGUUAGAGACUCUCAAAACAAAGCACAGAAGUGCUUUGGAAGCCAGUCCUAGUCAAUAAUAUUUCCAGCACUCAAGAGGCUGUGGCAGGAUUGUGAGUUAGAGGCCAGCUUAUGCUACAGGGUAAAUUCUAGGCCUACCUGGGCUACAGAGUGAGACCAAGUCUUUUAAAAAAACCAAACCAAACCAAUGAAAGCUUUGGCGUUAGAUGGUCUGGGAAGAUAAGUCUGGAAGAACUGUACAAAUGCGUUGGUAAAGCUCAACAAGUCAUCACAAGCCUGGUGACAAAUGCCUAUAAUCCCAGCGCUUUGGAGGCAAAGGCAAGCAGCUCUUGAGUCUGAGGUUCUUUGGCAGUCUUAAUUACAUGGUGAGACCCUGUCUGUCAAACAGCCCCAGAGCCCUGUGUUGCCACCUCAGCUGAUUGGAGACCUGAUCUUAAUCACCUUCCCUAUGUAGGCUCUGUGCUGUCUUCUUGCUGGCAGGCUAUUCCUCGUAAGCCUCUCUGUGAGCAGAAAAGAGGGAAGAGCCUGCAGCCAGUCAUCUCUGGCUGGAUGAAUCCAGGCAGCUCCUCGGGCUUGGGGUCAGGAUAUUUUGUACUUAAACAGAUACUGAGUAUUUAUCAUGUAUCAUCUAGCCUCUAUCAUUUAGCCUGUAUGCCAUUGUUUCAUUUAGCAGUAUAUCAACAUCAGUGUGACAUCACUGAAUCAUUUAGUAUUUGUUCCCAUUGGUAUCAGAGGAUUUCUAUCAUGUAGUAUUUGUAUUAUUUAACGUUGAUAUCAAUUUUUGUUACCGCUAGCAUUUACUAUUAUAUUAUUUAGUUUAUACCAUUCUACCACAUUGUAUUAUCAUGGGUAUCAUCUAAUAAAUGUG